AUGAUUUUCAGGAUUCAGACAAUUAGGGUUUUUCGGGGUUUCAUCAACACUGCACCGUUUCUUCGCCACCAACGUUUCCUAUUUUAGGGUUAAACUACAUUGAAGUGAAGUUGGGAAUCAAGGUCUAAGGCUAAAACCUUAGUAAAUGGAGCUGUCUCCGACGCUUGGGAAACGAAAACUACCUGAAGAAAAUUCGGAGGUUUCAGAGGCCUCCAAGCAAGAGAUUCCCUCGAAGCGGCGCAAUUUGGCACGGACAUGUGUGCACGAGGUUGCUGUUCCGAGUGGGUAUACUUCCAGUAAAGAUGAGUCCAUUCAUGGGACACUUUCGAAUCCUGUUUAUAAUGGUGAGAUGGCAAAAACCUAUCUGUUUAAUCUCGAUCCAUUUCAGCAAGUUUCGGUGGCAUGUUUGGAACGAAAUGAGUCGGUUUUGGUUUCUGCUCAUACAUCGGCGGGCAAGACCGCUGUUGCUGAGUAUGCAAUUGCGAUGGCUUUUAGAGAUAAGCAAAGAGUUAUAUAUACUUCGCCGUUGAAAGCUUUGAGCAAUCAGAAGUACAGAGAGCUAAGCCAGGAGUUCUCUGAUGUUGGAUUGAUGACUGGUGAUGUUACCCUCUCACCAAACGCAAGUUGUCUGGUCAUGACAACGGAGAUUCUUAGGGGAAUGCUUUACAGAGGUUCUGAGGUAUUAAAAGAAGUUUCUUGGGUUAUAUUUGACGAAAUACAUUAUAUGAAGGAUCGAGAAAGAGGGGUUGUUUGGGAGGAGAGUAUUAUAUUCUUGCCACCAGCUAUAAAGAUGAUUUUCCUUUCGGCCACAAUGUCGAAUGCUACUGAGUUUGCAGAAUGGAUAUGUAAUUUGCAUAAACAACCAUGUCACGUGGUGUACACAGAUUUUCGACCAACUCCCUUACAGCAUUAUGUGUUUCCUAUGGGUGGAUUGGGAUUGUAUCUUGUUGUGGAUGAGAACGAACAGUUUAGGGAGGAUAAUUUCGUAAAACUGCAGGAUACUUUCUCGAAGCAGAAGCAGGGUGAUGGAAACAAGAGUGCGAACGCCAAACCGAGUGGCAGAAUCGCAAAAGGUGGGACUGCUUCUGGAGGUUCUGACAUAUACAAAAUUGUCAAGAUGAUUAUGGAACGAAAAUUUCAACCAGUUAUAAUAUUCAGCUUCAGUAGAAGAGAGUGCGAACAACAUGCAAUGUCCAUGUCCAAACUUGAUUUUAAUACAAAGGAGGAAAAAGAUGUUGUGGAGCAGGUUUUCCAGAAUGCAAUUCUCUGCUUAAAUGAGGAAGACAGAAACUUGCCUGCUAUUGAACUGAUGUUGCCACUGCUUCAGCGAGGCAUUGCUGUUCAUCAUUCUGGACUUCUUCCUAUUAUCAAGGAAUUGGUAGAACUUCUCUUCCAAGAAGGUCUUGUAAAGGCCCUUUUUGCAACAGAGACGUUUGCUAUGGGGUUAAACAUGCCUGCAAAAACAGUUGUUUUUACUAGUGUCAAGAAGUGGGACGGUGACAGUCAUCGUUACAUUGGAUCUGGUGAGUAUAUACAGAUGAGUGGAAGAGCUGGGCGUCGCGGGAAAGAUGAGCGUGGUAUUUGUAUUAUAAUGAUUGAUGAGCAGAUGGAGAUGAAUACCCUCAAGGACAUGGUAUUGGGUAAACCAGCUCCACUGGUCAGUACUUUCAGACUGAGCUACUACUCCAUUUUGAAUUUAAUGAGCCGCGCUGAAGGCCAAUUCACUGCUGAGCAUGUUAUCAAGAAUUCCUUUCACCAAUUUCAGUAUGAAAAGGCUUUACCUGAUAUAGGGAAAAAGGUCUCAAAGCUAGAGGAGGAGGUUGCCAUGCUUGAUGCCUCAGGGGAGGCCGAAGUUGCUGAAUAUCAUAAGCUAAAGCUUGAUAUUGUCCAGCUUGAGAAGAAGAUGAUGGCAGAAAUGACAAGGCCUGAAAGAGUGCUUUAUUUUCUUCUACCCGGAAGGCUGGUUAAGGUACGGGAAGGCGGAACAGAUUGGGGUUGGGGAGUGGUAGUCAAUGUGGUAAAAAAGCCCCCGGCAGCAUUAGGUAGUUUGCCCCCUGCACUGUCAUCUUCACGUGGUAGCAGCUAUAUAGUUGACACUUUGCUUCAUUGCUCUCUUGGUUCAAGUGAAAAUGGUUCUCGACCAAAACCAUGUCCACCUCGUCCUGGAGAAAAGGGUGAAAUGCACGUGGUUCCUGUUCAGCUGCCUUUAAUUGCUGCUCUUAGCAAACUCAGAAUAUCUGUUCCCUCUGAUCUCCGGCCGGUGGAAGCAAGGCAAAGUAUCCUUAUUGCAGUACAGGAGCUUGGGAAACGGUUCCCUCAAGGCCUUCCAAAGCUUAAUCCUGUCAAGGACAUGGGCAUUGGAGAGCCGGAAUACGUUGAGUUGGUCAAUCAAAUUGGGGAACUUGAGCAGAAACUGGUAGCGCACCCGCUGCACAAGUCUCAAGAUGACCAUCAGAUUAGAUGUUUCCAGAGGAAAGCGGAGGUGAAUCAUGAAAUUCAACAGCUAAAAUCAAAACUGCGUGAUUCCCAGCUUCAAAAAUUUCGUGAUGAACUUAGGAACCGUUCACGUGUUCUGAAAAAGCUUGGCCACAUUGAUUCUGAUGGUGUUGUCCAGUUAAAGGGACGAGCAGCCUGCUUGAUAGACACAGGAGAUGAACUCCUUGUUACUGAGUUGAUGUUCAACGGCACGUUCAACGACCUUGAUCAUCAUCAAAUUGCGGCUCUUGCAAGUUGCUUCAUUCCAGGAGACAAAUCAAAUGAGCAAAUACAUUUGAGAGCAGAACUUGCUAGACCAUUACAACAGCUCCAAGAUAGUGCAAGAAGAAUAGCAGAGAUACAACAUGAAUGCAAGUUGGAAGUAAAUGUGGAUGAGUAUGUGGAGGCAGCAGUUAGACCAUCCCUGAUGGAUGUCAUAUACUGUUGGUCAAAGGGAGCAUCUUUUGCGGAGGUUGUUCAGAUGACUGAUAUUUUUGAAGGGAGUAUUAUACGGCUAGCCAGAAGGCUUGAUGAGUUUCUGAACCAGCUGCGUGCAGCUGCUAGUGCUGUUGGAGAAGCUGGUUUGGAGAACAAAUUUGCCGCCGGCAGCGAAAGUCUCCGCCGAGGUAUUAUGUUUGCCAAUUCCCUGUACCUAUGAAGUGUAUUCUGGAGGAUCGUGAUGUAUGUAAUUCUGCCAUCGGAGUAGUCAUUUGUCAUUGCAAAUUCAGGUCAGCAUCUUAGAUAUGUUUAAUGUGAUGAGCUAAUAUAGUUUUUCUUCUUCUUUUUUUUUUUUUUUUUUUUUUUUUUUACGUUUUCUGAUAGUAUAAUUUUUUUAAAGCAGUGUAGCUGUUGGAAUUUAUCUUUUUUGAUUGUUGAUCCGUUCUUGUAUGAGUGCAAAAAACAUUGUGGGAAAAAGAAAAAAAAGGAGAGAAAUGAAAGAAUCAUGGACUUUCCACAAAGUAAUAUAACUUUUUUAUUCUUUUUUUUUUGUCAUUGACCAUUAAUGCGAUACAAGUCCUCAAUGUGGUUUUUUCCAGUUAUAUUUAUAUAUUAACCAUAAAGUUGAGAUAUAUUGAUGUAAUUGGCUUGAGGAAACAUGGUGGUCCCAGUUCCCUCAUAGACACUCUGCAACUUCCUAGUUGAUCCGGACCAUGUAGACUUGAACUUUCCACCUUUCCUUUUGAAUACUAGACCACAUGCCUUGAUGGUCAUGUCAUUUUGUGGUUAAGAUAAGGGAUGAACAUUAUUUACUUAAAUCUAGAUAUUUGGAUUGCCCUAUUAUCCUUUACAUUAUUUUUCUAAAUGUACACAUUUGAAACUAGUGUAUGAAAAUAGCAACGUACCAUUUGAUCCUUGUUUCUUUGAAUCUUGAUAUCUGCACUGCCCAAUAUGAUAAAUACUCAUGUAGACAUCAUGGUAGAAUAGAAAAUAUUUGCCAGAGGUUGAUGGGGGUAGGUGCUCAUUUUUUUUUUGAAAAUAGGGUAGGUGCUCAUUGUUAGUGAGUCGUUUUUGUAUUGCGAUCCUCGUCUUUUUAAAAAUGAAAACAAGUAAAAUUUGCUUUAUUAUAGAAGAAGUAAAAUUUGGUCAACAAGUCUGCCGGAAAGAAAUGUCGUCGUUGAGAACAAGCAUCAAAUUUUAGGGGAGAUCAAAAUAAUAAAUACUAAAUUGUUUACCAUUGUGUAAUUUGUCCAUACUUCAGAAGAGAUUAGUGUAACUAGGGGAGGCAAUUGGGUGGGGUUUGGGCGGGUCAGUAUCCCAUUGCUAGUCCAUUUAUGACGAGUCAUAAACGGGUUGGGUAUUAAGAAGGCGAGUCAACCCACACUCAACCCGAUGGCUCGAAUAUUUUUAGACACAAAUUGUCAAAAUAAAAAGAGGAAUAAAAAGUGUUGUUUUAGAAGAAGCUUUGAUUAAUUUGUGGUAAGAGUUUUAACUAGCUAGUGGUCAUUUAUGAGCAUGAAUUGAAUUUUCAGUUUUUUUGUACUGUGUAAAGUACAAUUUGAAGGACAGUAGGCGGAGAGAGAGUUAACACAGCGUAAAAAGAAGAUAAUAAGAGAAACAGAAAGAGAGAAUACGGAGGGGAGAGAGAAAAGAGAGAGGGAGUAGAGGGAAAAGGAAGAGAGAGAAGAAAGAAAGAGAGUGUGAAAAUAGAGAGGGAAAGUAGAGAGAUACACAGAGAGAGAGACGGAGGGGAGUGAAAAUACAGAGGGAAAGUAGAGAGAGUGAAUAUUUUGGAUGGUAGCAGCGAAGCUUUUCUUUUCUGUGUUUUUUUUUUGGGAAAAAAUCAUGUCUGGUGGAUUGGGAUUGGCUAGCCACUCUCAAUCCGCUAAAUAUAUUAUGUUUAAAUGAUUGAUCUGCUAGCGACUAGCUCAACUAAAUUACUCACUCAAUAGUCAUUAAUUAUAUGGUAUGUUUGAGCUAAUUAUUGGGUUUGGGUAUAUUUCGUCCUUCCUAAAUUUAGCCUAGCAAGAAAUUAAGACACAGUAAUUGCUCUUAUAGGGAUUUGUACCAAGGCGAGGAAAAUUAUAAUCAUUGUUGUAAACAUUGAUAUUUUUAAAGAGCGAGCAAGGCCUCAGCACUUUUAAGACAAAUAUGGCCCCAACACUUUUUAAGGACAAUAAGAUAUUAAUGAAAAGCUUUGGCUAGAAUGCAAUCAUAUGGUUGAUUACUAAUAAAGAUUGUAGAAAAUCAUAUCUCAUGUAUAGUGCUGGCAAAAUAUACCUAAAUUCAAUAACCGCCAUUUAAUAAUUUAUGUAUGAUUAUUGGGUGAGUAAUUUGGUUGAGUAAUUUAUUAAUGGGUCAAUUAUUAAAACAUAAUAUAUUUAGCAAGUCGUUAGUGAGACCCACUCCCAACUUGCCUACUCCCACUGAAAUACAACCCGCUUAAACCAGUCUAAUAAUUUAUACUUAAUGUGUGAAUAAUUUAGUUGAACAGGUUAUUAAUAGGUCAAUUAUUAAAACAUAAUAUAUUUAGCAAGUCGUUAGUGAGACCCACUCCCAACCUACCUACUACCACUGAAAUACUAUUUCACUCUCUCCUCUCCCGUUUCUUUCUUUUCUCUCUCUUCCCGUACUCUCUCUCUCUCUCUCUCCUCCCGUAUUCUCUCCUCUCUUUUUCUCUCUCCUCCCAUUUCUCUUCUUUUCCCGCUUCUCCCCUCCGUAUUCUCUGUCUUCUCUUGUUUUUCUUUCACCUCCAUUUUCUCUCUUGUUUCUCUUUACUCUCUGAUUUCCUCUCUUCUCUUUUUCACGACCAGAUUCGGCCCGUCGUCCUUCACUCUUGAUGAACCCUGCUUCUCUCUCUUCUCAUUCAGGAAAUAAAUAACCACCACCUAGACAAAACUCAUGCCACAAAUCAGUCAAUUUUUUUUUUUUUAGAAAUAUACAUAUUAAUGGCAGUGUAAGAAUUUUAACGAGCGACUUUUUGGAAUAUAUAUAUCAUGUAUUUUCAUUUAUAUGAACUGUUCUAAAAAGAACUUCUAUUUUUUUUUUUCUUGCCAAUUUAUGUCUAAAAAUAUUCGGGUCAUCGGGUUGGGUGUGGGUUGACUCGCCCAUUUAACACCCAACCUGUUUAUAAACGGCUAUAAAUAAGUUGAUAAUGGGUUAUUGAUCCAUUACCAACCUGCUCAUUCAUGACCCGCCCAAGUCCACCCAAUUACCACCCCUACUCAUGUAUCUUGUGACGGGCCCAGAAAAUUUUGUGAGGAGGGGUGGCCUUUUAAUUUGUGGGGACAAAUUUAUAUAGUGGGUUCAUUUUUGUAAUUUUAAUGGAGUUUUAUUUGUAAAUUUUUAAAAAUUUAAAAUAUAAAAUGCAAAAAAAUAAUAUUCAGUGGGUGAAUUGUAAUUUUAGUAGGGGAAUCUUCAUAAAUUCUUAAAAAUUUGAAGUAUAAAAUGCAAAAAAAAAAAAAUAAAAA